UAUAUCAACAUAUGAUGUCAGGAAACACAACGUCACCCACGAUAAGAAGCAUGGAGCAAAAAUUACCUACACCUGUAAAUUGUCUCAUGGAUCAAACCGACAUGUGUAAUUAACAUUUACCAUUAUAUGAAUUAGAUGGCAGACAUUGAAUCAAGCGUUUCCAGAUUGUUAAUGACAACGAAAAAGCUUCUGGAAACCUUAACUGCAUGGUCUGCAGGUCAAGUCAACGAUACACAAGUGUAUGACGAAUAUAAUUUGCUGGAAACUCAUUUUACAAGUGCGACACAAGCGUUUGAAUCUGCAUUGUUACCAAUGGACGAUAUGCUCCAUUUACCCGAUGAUUUACGAGCUUGUUUAAACGACGCUUUGUCUAAAGAGCCGUCUUCAGCCACAUUAGAGCACUAUCUACCCUCUAUUCGAGAUAUAAUAUUACGUUUAUUGCAAGGAUUGAAAGAGAGACAAUCGCUGAUGAGGGAAAGGCUGGAGCCUACUGCCAAAUUAUCGCCAAUUAUUACAACACCGAUGCCAUUGCCUUCCCCUUCAUCCUCCACAGAGCAUCCACAGAUACCCCAGUUACCCAUAUCUCCUGCGGAAGAAUUCGAUAUGAAUGAUCCAUCAACAAAAAAUGCUGUAAACGCAUUAAAAUUACAGGAAGACUUAGCGGGAAGGUCAUCAGUGCGUAAGACAUCGAACUUGCACAAAAAAGGAUUCGUGAUUGCAUUAUAUUUAAAAAUGGGCGACAGAAUAAAGAAGGUCAAUGUAGAUGCAUCCGGUCUUUAUAUGUCUGCAUUGCAAGCGUUAUUCCAAGAUAAAUUUGGCUGCACUGGGGAUGUGAUAUGGAUUCUGGAUGGAGAAUCGAAUGUAGAAUAUGAGUUGGAAGAUGUUUCUGACAUCAAACCUUAUUCGAUACUAUCCAUCAAGGACAAGGAUAGCACCCUGGAUGAUGAAAUGAAAAGUUUAUUUAAAGAAACUCUAAAUCAAGUCAGACAGACCAUUCAAACAAAUAAAGCUCCAAUUAUACCCACAGCAGAAAAGAUUAAGGAGCAGCAAGAGGAAAUUAGCUCCUUACGUCAUGAUCUUGUUAGUGUUCGCACAGUCUACCAAGAUUUUAAAAAAGACACUGAAAUAAUGAUUCACGAAUUGCGCGAAAAGAGUAAACAAGAAUCUCUUCAUACUGUCGUCAUUAUGGACCCUACAACACGUGCAGAAAUGAACUCUAGUCGAGAGGUGACGCAAAAAGCGGCUACAUUAAUUACAAACAGACUAGAGACCUUACAAGACACCAUUGACCAGAUAAAAACUGACGUUACACAGAAACGGUGCAGGCCCUCAAAAGCCCAAUUGGAUUACUGUAAAAAAGAGUCUGAAACCGUACAAAUAGAAAUGAAUGAUUUGGUGAAUAGAGUUAAAUCGGUCAAACCCAUCUGGAAAAAGACAUGGGAAGUUGAAUUACAGCAGAUAGUAAAAGAGCAACAGUUCUUAAAAGAACAGGAAGCCCUUUUAAACGACUUGAGGGAAGACCAUCAAUCACUUGAGCAAGUCUUAAAUCAAUUAUUAAAGAUAUCGGAAAUUCAAGAAAGGAAAAAACAGUCAGGUGUCUCGUUGUUCAAUGUAGCUCCAGCAGAAGAAGGGUUCGAAGGCAUGACAAGCGUUAUGAAGCAAGUCUCAACAAUACAAGUGGAUCAUUCUAGAAGAGUCAAAGCAUUAGCGGAAGCGGAGAAGUCAAGGUCUAAAGAACUGUCUCAAAGAAUAGAUGCGUUUGAAAGAGAGUUGACGGACUUUGUUGUUCUACGCAAAUUGAAAAACACGGGUGGUGCUGAGGCUGUCGAUAGGCAGAGGCAGGAAAAGGAUAAGGAUUUAAUUAAACAAAUAUUUGUCGAUUCAAAUGCAUCUCUGGCUGAAAAAAACUCUAAUCAUGAUGAUGAAACUCCCCUCUCGCAAUGAUGAAAAUA